GUCAACUGGUUGUCAAAGUAAUACCAGUGAUUGGGUAAAUUGUUUCUCAAUAGUUCUCAGGUUUCUUCCUAUAAAGAUGUCAAUGUCAUCAGCUGUUGAUGUUUGAAAAUAGCUAAUCUUUACGUGACGAUUGCUGAUAUACUGAUUUACAACAAAAGCUAGGCUUUGCCCAAAGCUAAAACAUUAUGAGUACAUCGGCGGGCGGUGUAUAUAACUUUAAAGUCGUGUUGUUGGGCGAGGGAUGCGUCGGCAAAACGUCACUUCUGUUGCGUUACAUCGAGGACAAAUUCAACGACAAACAUCUUACUACGCUUCAGGCUACCUUCCUUAACAAGAAAAUAAAUAUAAACGGUAAGCGCAUCAACCUCUCCAUUUGGGACACGGCGGGUCAGGAGAAGUUCCAUGCUCUUGGGCCAAUAUAUUACCGAAAUUCUAAUGGUGCAAUCUUAGUUUAUGACAUCACUGAUGAAGAUUCUUUUGUAAAGGUUAAAAAUUGGGUAAAAGAGCUAAAGAAGAUGCUUGGUCCGGACAUUGUUUUAUUGAUAGCUGGCAAUAAAAUUGACUUGGAGCAUGAGAGAACAGUGCCUCUUGAAGAAGCAGAAAGUUAUGCAGCAAUGGUUGGUGCUAAACACUUCUAUACAUCUGCAAAAUUAAAUCAAUGUGUAGAGGAUCUUUUUUUGGAGCUGACUCGUGAAAUGGUCGAAAAAUUUGAACAAAACUCCCAGCGGGAAGAAAACCGAAUUUCUCGGGUCCUAGUGGUUGACGAUGAGGCUCCUGCUCAAACUUCUUGUUGUUCUGGCUCCAGAAGCAAUUAACUAUCCUUCAUCACUUGUGGACAAUAACUAAAUGUCAGCUUGUUUUUAGUAUAAAAAGAUUAAACCUUUAAAUUUAACCUUUUCAAUGCAAUAUGUUGACAAACAUCUCUUUGUUUGAAGACACUAAACUCGAUCAUCUUUUCUUUCAUAUGUAGAUAGUCAUUUAAAAGCUUUUGAACAGUUAAUAUGUGUAAGUAAUAUUGGGAUUAAAUUUUAAAGUAAAUGUACUUUAUUGACAUUAGGGAAUGCAAAACCGAAUUUUAAUUGUAUGGAAAAAUCGGUUAAUAACCGAAUAUUAACGGAAUUUUUAAUACAAAUAAAAACCGGUUUUGCAUUCCCUAAUUGACAUAUAUUUGAAAAUUGACUUUUUUAUUUUUAAACUUUAGAACUGAAUGAAAUUAGCAACGCGAGUUAACAUUUACAAUGCAUUAAACCUGGUUGUAAGGAUGUGAUGACACCAAAUGAUUCUAAUGUCUAUUAUUUAUUUUAUCAAGAAGGUAAUAAACUAAUAAUGUGAAUGUAAAAACAAGAAUUUAGAUACUUAUAAAAGAUCGAACAAAUAAAUAAAAUACUUAUAAGCUAUAGAAUUUUUGUUACAAUUAUAACAGUGAUUAUUAUUAUAAUUAUUGAGCGUUGAUCGGCGCGGACGGUGCCACACCGCGGGAUUCCGAUGACUCAAAUGCCGCGAUCUUGUUCGAAAAAGUAAUUCUAUUGUUAUUUUAAAUAAGUUUUUUAAGAGUUUUUGAAUAAGAUUUCUACUCGGAAACCAGCGGUGUGGACGGCACGGACGGUGGUCCGUGCCGAUCACUGGGUAUGAGUGAUAUGUUCACGAAAACAUCUACGUACUCAAUAGCCUCGGCUGCUCCGCUAUGAAUCCGCGUGUUUUUUAAAAUCAUGUGUAUGAAAAAUUGUUGUAGGAAUUAUUAUUAGCAUAUACAUUACAUAAGGUUUUUGUAAUAUAAAUAUUGCAAAUAAACAUUAAGGUGGUAAGGUAACAGUCAAUGUAUUUUAGAUAUGAUCAUAUUAGGGAUAGAUAUCAGUUAUUUUUUUUCACCACACCAACUGGUAAAGGCCCUCUUGAUUGUUCAAAAACUAAUGAGAAAGUUGCUUUUUAUCCACAUGUGGGGCAAAGUAAUCAGAUGCAAAAUUUGGGUUGUUUCCUUAUGUUAGCUGGUAGAAUUGACUUUUAAAUUAUGUUUUUUUUUAUUACGUUCAUUUGGAUUUGAUUUGUUUCAAUUAUUUUGGUAUUUCAUAGUUAGUAUUUUCCUCGUGUUGGUGUGGUGAAAAAUUUUGUGUUUCACUCGGAGGCAAAGUUUGUUUAACCUUCGUGCCUUGAAACCCUCGCAACGCUCAAGGUUCCACUUCUCGAACCACUCGCUAUGCUCGUGGUUCAAUUUUGGAAUCUUUCGCUUGCUCGGG